UGGGGGCCGGACUGGCCUUUGACAUGACCCCUGUCACAUGAGGAGUGAGCGGACACACGCUGUAGGCCGGCCUGCUAAACAACUCAGAUCGAGGUCAUUUUGCAGGUCAGGACAGGAGGAGGAGGAGAAGACGUUCAGCAGAAAGAGAAUGAACAGUUUUGAUCGGGAGGGGGGUCACUGCACAGAGAUGGCGAUGGUGUGUCUCACGGACUUUGAGGAGUAUGCAAAGGAGCACCUUUCCAAGGCCACCUGGGAUUACUACGCAGCCGGAGCCGACGACUGCUGCACCCGAGACGACAACCUUCUGGCCUUCAAGAGGCAAUAUCCACAAAACCUGUGCCGUUUUCUACAGCAGGAGGUAGAUUCUGCAGAGCAGCAAGAGUUGGCGUGGAAGAUUCGUCUGCGGCCUCGUAUCCUGCGGGACGUGUCGGUGAGCGACACUCGCACCACGGUGCAGGGGAUGGAGAUCAGCUUUCCUGUCGGAGUUGCACCCACAGCAUUUCACUGCCUGGCCUGGCAUGAGGGGGAGGUAGCCACAGCCCGGGCCGCAGAGAGCGUCAACACCUGCUACAUCACCAGCACGUACUCCACCUGCUCUGUGGAGGAGAUCGCAGCGGCGGCGCCCGGCGGUUACCGUUGGUUCCAGCUCUAUGUGUACCGGGACAGGAAGCUGUCAGAGCUGAUCGUUCAGCGGGUAGAGUCGCUCGGCUACAAGGCCCUGGUGCUGACGGUCGACGUCCCGUACACGGGGAAGCGCCGCAACGACAUCCGCAAUCAGUUCAAGCUGCCGCCUCACCUCAAGGUCAAGAACUUUGAAGGCAUGUUCCAGGAAACCGGUGCCCCAGAGGAGUAUGGGAUACCGGCCAACACCUUGGACCCUUCCAUCAGCUGGAAGGACGUCUCCUGGCUGCAGUCCAUCACCCGCCUCCCUGUCAUCAUCAAGGGCAUCCUGACCAAGGAGGACGCUGAGCUGGCUGUGGAGCACGGCGUUCAGGGCGUCAUCGUGUCCAACCACGGAGGGAGGCAGCUGGACGGAGGCCCCGCCUCGAUAGAUGCUCUGUCAGAGAUUGUGGACGCGGUGCAAGGCCGGAUCGAGGUCUACGUGGACGGAGGGAUCAGGACAGGAAGUGACGUGCUCAAAGCGCUGGCCUUAGGGGCCAGGUGUGUUUUCAUCGGACGCCCAGUGGUGUGGGGACUUGCAUAUAAGGGGGAGGAAGGAGUGAGGGAGGUGCUCCAGAUCUUAAACGACGAGUUCCGUCUCUCCAUGACUUUAUCGGGCUGCAGGAACGUCGGUGAAAUCAACAGGAACCUCAUUCAGGUCUCAAAGCUCUAACCUGCCAGCAGGGGGCAGCAGCGAGGCGGAAGACACAGGAACAGCCACCAUCCAUUUUUGCAGUUUGAAGUUGUAUUGACAGUGAUGAGACUUGAAAAGAGCCAGAUGAUGAAGAAAGGUUGUUUCAGCGAGGCAAACUCUCUCCAGACAUGGCCGUGUGGGUGUGUUUGGGGGUGGGGGGUGCUGGCAUGCAGUUUGAGCUCAGGUCAGCUUGAUGUGGUGAAGGUGGGGGCUGAUGGGACAUUUAGGCAGUGAUCAAAACAGGGGUUUUGAAGUGGAAUGAAUGGAAAUAUUUACCAUGAUGUUUUUAAUGCAAUGCUGCAUUUUAUAACUGCAUAAAUAAAGAACUAUCAAGGUCAA